UUGUGCUACACCUUUUGCGCCUGUUCCUUGUUCCGAUCCCCAUUCGAGAACGUGUUUCAAGGCUUUUGCGACCGGGGUGUGUAACCAGUAGCAAAAGAAAACAAAAAGUAAAUAAGAAGGCGCGGAAAAAGGAGGUCGCCGAAUGAAAAGAUCGCGGCCAAACAAAAGACACCAAGCGAGAAAAUCGGGCUGAAGGGAUUGGUCCGCCGCAGUCGGGCUGCAGAAUGAGAUGGCAGCAAAUAUAUAAGGCCCACCCUAAUCUAAUUAGAAAUAACGGCAAGAACAAGUCGAGUAUUUCUGCGCACGCGAUCGCAAGAGACCGGCUAAUGCAUAUAAAUUGGCAUAAAUAAAGCAAAAGUCACGUCGAUCCGUGUCCAAAAACCAAAAAGCCAAACCAGUUUCAAAUUCCAGAUCAGAUCAUCGCAAUGACGUAGUCGUCUUAUUUCUCCAAUACGAUACCAGUGCAACCUGAACCUGAGUCAGCUCCUUGGGGCUUCUCUUAAGAAACUCCCCAAGAGUCGGAUCGGGCAAAUAUAAAUCUAUGUGCGUGGGUGCCGCACAAGUUGAGUCACUCGGAAUCGGAAUUCCCCCCCAUUGUCAAGUUCCCCAUUCAACUCUUACCACUCAAAAGUGCCGAGUUUCCAAGCAUGGGGCUGCUCUUGAGUGAGACACCGAACGUUCGAGUUUGAGUUUAGGUUUGAGUGAACUCAUGUGAGAAGAUAUUCCACUGAGACUGAGCGCCAGAUUGUCUCGGAAAAAGUGUUCCCACUUUAUCGGGGGUUGCAGCGGAAAUGCCGAGUGUUCUACAAGGCUUAUUGAGUUCUGGAAGGCGUUGUUUUUUAUCAAAAGUGUUUACCUAAGAAGAUAAAAUCAUGGCUCGCCGUAAAAACAAAAAACAUAUGCUGAUAGAAAUGCUUACGCGGCCCCAAAAUGUGGAUCCUUCCAAGUCGCUGGUAAAUCAAAAAAAUCCGGAUUUAAAGCAAAAAACGAUGGUUGCGGCGGCCGCGGCCAAAGGAUACAACCUUCCUCGACCCUUGAAGAGGGAUGUUAUCCGCAAGAUUUGCAGAUUGCCACCGGAAACGUGCAAUCAGAAGACAAAAGCGCAGGUGAUGUACUACAAUUCCAACUACGGAAGGGUUAAGAAAGCCAAUCUCAGCCGAACCGAUUUUCACGAGCCUACUUGUCCCAAAACUCGCAGAUCGAAAAAAGCCAAUGAAAACCAGAAAUUUAGUACUGCAUCCAGGCAGAGGACGCAAAAGAAGAAAACAAAUUAAUCUUAAGUUUUCGAAUCCUUAUGGAUAUACUAUAUAUACUAUAUAUCUAUAAUCAUGCCGAUUAUGUGUUCCAGGUUUAAGUGUUCACCAAGUCCUGUGAAUUUUUAUACAUUUUACAUGUACAUAACGCCUUGUGAAAAUACUGUUCAAUACACGCAUCUUUUAAACCCAAUUAUUCAGUUUUUAAAACCAAAAGAUAAAUUAUGUUUCAAGUGAUUCUUAAAAUUGAAGCUGACACAAACGAGCCUUGAGAAAGACCAUCGAAGUAGAAACCCUUAGUAGUUAUUUGUCCUGCAUGUGUGUUGUCCUUAGCUCGUCUUCAAAGGGGCUUUCCCCGGCAUUCCAUUGGUGUCACGUAGAUUUUUCGUUUGCUUUGAGUUUUCAGUUACACGAUUUUUGAAAGGGACGAGGUGGAGCAGCAGCAGCAGCAGCAGCUAAGCAAUCACCAAAUAAAAAGCCAUCGGACAGUUGCUGAGCUCAGUUUCAAUUUUCACUUAAAACAAAGUUGGCCAACGAGGGGGAACGGAGCUGCAGAAGGACAAAAACUGGCUGAACCGAACUGCAUCUCACAUGCACAUCCUCAUCCACAUCCACAUCCAAAGGAACUGAGGGUCGCUUGGGCGUUCACAAAGCGCGCGAGGCGGCUGCCAAAUUGUUUUUGCUGCCGCACAGGGAAAAUAUUUUUCAGGUUGAUGAAAAGUACUUACAGCUAACAGAUUUAUUUACAAAAUACUAAAAAUACAUAUAUUUUAUUUUGGUACUAAUCAUGU